AAAAAAGCAAUCCCUCGUCCUCACUUCUAAAACCCCAACCCUAACCCUAACGUCAACCAUUUCCCUUCAUCCCGAUGGCCGCUCCUUCCGUCGCAGCCGUCCGCCCCCUCGUCACCGUCCAUCCAUUAGAAGCGGACAUGUCCACCGACGGGCCCACCUCGAUCCCUCUCCCGGAUGUGCUGAAAUCCACAAUCCGACCGGAUAUUGUCUCCUUCGUCCACUCCAACAUCUCAAAGAACCGUCGCCAGCCGUACGCAGUCAGCAAGCGCGCCGGCCACCAGACCUCGGCCGAGUCGUGGGGAACGGGCCGCGCCGUGUCACGUAUCCCCCGCGUCCCUGGUGGUGGAACCCACCGAGCGGGCCAGGGCGCCUUCGGCAACAUGUGCCGCGGUGGCCGCAUGUUCGCCCCCACCAAGACGUGGCGCCGCUGGCAUCGUAAGAUCAACGUCAAUCAGAAGCGCUUCGCCGUCGUGUCGGCACUUGCCGCAUCCGCCGUCCCUUCCCUUGUGAUGGCUCGUGGCCACCGGAUCGAGUCCGUCCCUGAGAUCCCACUCGUUAUCGGCGACUCCGUGGAAUCCAUCGAGAAGACUUCCUCCGCCAUCAAGGCCCUCAAGCAGAUCGGCGCCUUCCCCGACGCCGAGAAGGCCAAGGACAGCCACGCUAUCCGCGCCGGGAAGGGGAAGAUGCGCAACCGUCGGUAUGUCUCCCGCAAGGGUCCGCUCAUUGUUUAUGGCACUGAGGGAUCGAAGCUUGUCAAGGCAUUCCGCAACAUCCCGGGCGUUGAUGUCGCGUCUGUUGACCGCCUCAACCUUCUCAAGCUGGCUCCCGGCGGGCAUCUUGGCCGGUUCAUCAUCUGGACCAAGUCGGCAUUUGAGAAGCUUGAUUCGGUCUAUGGUUCGUUCGAGAAGGCCUCAGAGAAGAAGAAGGGGUACUUGCUUCCACGGUCGAAAAUGGUGAAUGCUGAUCUGUCAAGGAUCAUCAAUUCCGAUGAGGUGCAGUCGGUGGUGCGGCCCAUUAAGAAGGACAUCAAGAGGCCACCACUGAAGAAGAACCCGCUCAAGAAUCUGAACGUGCUUUUGAAGCUCAAUCCGUAUGCGAAAACGGCCCGGAGGAUGUCUCUCCUUGCUGAGGCGCAGCGUGUUAAGGCAAAGAAAGAGAAGCUCGAUAAGAAGAGGAAGGUGCCGAAGGGUGAUGCAAAUGCAAUCAAAGCUGCGGGAAAAGCAUGGUAUGAGACAAUGAUAUCGGACAGCGACUACACAGAAUUUGAGAAUUUCUCCAAGUGGCUUGGUGUCACCGAGUGAAACUAAGGUUGUGUUUCGUUUUCUACCAUUAAAUUCAGUUGAGUUGUUUUGCAGUUAGUAUUACAGGAGUAGUAUUUUCAUUUUAAGACGUUAAAAAAUAGGAUGAAAUGUUGGCACAUCAUCCUCGUUCCCUUUUUGGCUUGGUGGUAGAGGCUUGUUGGAUUGAAAUGUUUAGACCAAGUAAUCUCAAUUAUUUUUUUUCUUACCGCA